CUUGAUCUUGUUUUAGUCAGUUAGGAGAAACUACUUUGAAUCAAAGCCAUAUUAAAACCUAUCUAGCUGUGUUUGUAAAUAUUGUUUUCUCAGAUUAAUGACUAAUAAGGAAAGUAAGACAUAGAUAGACGAUAAGAAGUAUGUUACAAUACCUAACUUGCGUAGUAAAAGCUGGAAUGCUGAUGUUUCUAAUUUUACAGCUUUAAAAAUGACUAACCUGUGGGGUGUACAGCCACAACACAGGAUCUUCAUGAUAUUUUAGAACAGCAAGAAAUGACUUCAGUUGUAAAUCACGUAUGCAGCGUCUUCACUUUCAGCUGCAGCUAAAAACUCUCUUAUCGUACAUGGGACAACUCAUGAAAUGAAAACUUCAUAGUUUCUAGUGUCCAUAUCAGGAAUUCAGAGGGGCUGACCGUGAAUGCAAUUCCUAAUAUUGCCAGAGGGGGCGCUAAGCAGCGCAGUCGGGGCCGGCUGGUCAUAUGACAGCUGCUUGUGUCCCAUUUCCCUUCCCCGAUGGAAAACGCCACAUCUGACAGGGAGGGAGAGACAGAUUCCGCCACAGGGAAGCGUGAUCACCGACAUCAAGAUGCUGGCUCUAAUAAACCGGCUUUUGGACUGGUUCAAGUCUCUGUUUUGGAAGGAGGAGAUGGAGCUGACGUUGGUCGGCCUGCAGUACUCUGGAAAAACAACAUUUGUAAACGUGAUCGCUUCUGGACACUUCAGUGAAGAUAUGAUCCCCACAGUUGGCUUCAACAUGAGGAAAGUCACCAAAGGAAACGUCACCAUCAAGAUCUGGGAUAUAGGAGGGCAGCCAAGGUUCAGAAGCAUGUGGGAGCGGUACUGUCGGGGAGUUAAUGCAAUCGUGUACAUGGUUGACGCAGCAGAUCGAGAGAAGGUGGAGGCUUCCAGAAAUGAGCUACAUAAUUUGCUAGAUAAACCUCAGUUGCAAGGAAUUCCUGUUUUGGUUCUCGGUAACAAAAGGGAUCUUCCCAGCGCGCUAGAUGAAAAGCAGCUCAUUGAGAAAAUGAAUCUUGCAGCAAUUCAGGAUAGAGAGAUUUGCUGCUACUCUAUUUCCUGCAAAGAGAAAGAUAACAUUGACAUCACGCUUCAGUGGCUCAUCCAGCACUCAAAGUCUCGUAGGAGCUGAAAAUACAGGAGUUUCCAGUUGUAUUAGCCAUGUUACUGUUAUGUCACACCCUUACCACUGCAAAGGUGUACGGUCGCAUCUUCACCUCACACACUGCGCUCUUCUGCUUGUGUCACACUUCUUUUCCUUUGUUAUUCUUUCACGAACCCAGUCGAUGCACUACUACAAACUGGUUCUUCCGAUCUGAGGAAUGAAAUUGGCAUUAUAUAUCUGUUCUUUAACCAGGAGUAAGCAAAGGUUUACUGAUCUGCUGGUUACUCUGAAGGCGUUUCCCAACUGAAUAAACCUAGUGGUUUGUAAUAUUAUGUAAUUUUGGAUAUACUACAAUUCAAGGAAUGUGUUUAUUCUAUUAAACAGGCCUUAAACAAUGAGCUGUUCACGUGGUCAGGGUUUGAUGCCCAAACAUGAGUGAUAUGGACAUACAUUCCCCUUUUCCGUCAAGCUCUGCUCUGUGAUCAUCUAUGAUGAUCGUCUCCCUUCACUCGAUCAAAAUACGUCUUUUGUUUUAGAAAAUUGUGCAUUUAAGUCAAUUUAAGAAGGUCUGUACAAAUAGCAAGCUAGUAUGAUUUUUACCGAUGUGGGAUGUAUGUGUAUGAAUAUAUGGUUCUAUUUAAAGUCUGAAUGUACUAAAAGUAAAGCUGUACAGGAUUGUGUGGUUCAUAUUGGCUUCUGUAUGUUAGCCUCAGUGGAAUGAUGUCCUCUGUGCUGCUGCAAUGCUGAGAGAGUGGCAGAAAUUAAAGUGCCUUGUGCAACAUCUCUCACCUCUGAAGCAGAGCAGCAUGGAAGGUGUGCCUACCGUGGUAGAGUAAAACAUGAAGGAUUAGAAGUCACAGAGUGCUGUGUGUAAAUAAAAGGUGUAGCCGCAUUCGAAGGUAAGUCCGUUUGGCCGAAGCUCCACAAAGCCAGUCUUCUCUGCGUCAGGACAAAGCAAAACAUCUCUUCCGGAAUCACGUUUUUUUGGGGGCUAAGAGCAUGUCUGAAGCCGUUUUGUUCUGCUAUGCCUUUAAAAUGAUCCCUUGUAUAAUUUGCGCGAGGCUUCGCUAGUUAUAGUAAAUCUAAUUUAUCCAAUUCACAUUUUUAUUAACAGUGGCCAAGUAAAAGGACAGUGGGUCAAAAUCAGGCACGCAAUAAUAGAAUAGCAUGACCAACUGGAACAAUACUAAACCCUGGGAGAGUGAAGGAAACUGAAAAAUAAUUUUCAAAACACAAAAAUGAAGCAAGUAACAUGAAAGAAGGUCAUGCCGAGUUGACAAUUCUAUCAGUUUUGAGCACAAAUUGUCCAUGGAAAAAGGCA